AGAGCUGCCUAAGCCGGGUUCAAACUCAGGACCUUAUUGCUGUCAUUGAACUAUGUUCAGGCAUAGUAAUAUUUUAUUAUUAUUACUUUCAUCAUUUGCACUAGGACAGAUCUUGUUUGCCAACUAAAAGUAGCUCUGUCUGUAGCUUGUUAUGUAAGCACAGUAAAUGGUCAAACACACCUUUGUGCAGACUCUGAAUUAUUGGUUACGGAUGUUGUCUGUCCUGUAAUAUCAGUAGGGUGCAGCACUACAGUGUUUCACACGGGUGAAAGAAAAUCAGCACAACAGCUCUGACCUUCUUCCUGCUCCUGGUUUAACUCUCUUUAACAAUGUGGCUUUAUAAUUUUUUGCCAGAUUUUGACCUCUGGGGGCUAUUCCUGUUUAUUUUCAUUUUUAUCAUAAUAGCAGAUUUCCUCAAAAACAGGAAUCCACCAAAUUACCCUCCAGGACCGUUGGCUCUUCCCAUUGUGGGGAAUUUCUUCAGUGUGGACAAUAAACAUCCACACAUUUAUUUCACCAAGCUGGCUGACGUCUAUGGGAAUGUGUUCAGCGUCCGCCUCGGCAGUGACAAGAUGGUGUUUGUGUCUGGGUACAAGAUGGUGAAGGAAGCCAUAAUGACACAAGCCAACAACUUUGUGGACCGACCAUACAGUGCAAUCGGCGACAGGUUUUACUCAGGAGACACAGGUGGUUUGUUCAUGAGCAAUGGUGAAACAUGGAAGAGACAGCGACGCUUUGCUUUGUCUACCUUACGUACCUUCGGCCUGGGCAAAAGCACCAUGGAGCAGAGCAUCUGUGGGGAGAUCCGACACCUGCAGGAGGAGAUAGAGAAGGAGAAAGGUGAACCUUUCAACACAGCAGGCCUCUUCAACAAUGCUGUGUCCAACAUCAUUUCCCAGCUGGUGAUGGGGAAGCGGUUUGACUACGGCGACCACAACUUCCAGACCAUGCUGAAGCAUCUGUCUGAAGCUAUUCGGCUGGAGGGCAGUGUAUGGGGUCUGCUGUAUGAGGCAUUCCCCGGAGUGAUGAAGCACUUGCCAGGUCCCCACAACAAAAUGUUCAGCCACUACGCCACCAUCCUAGACUUCAUUAGUCAGGAGGUAAAGAGCCACAAGACAGACCUGGACCACAGCGAUCCCCGGGACUACAUUGACGCUUUCAUCAUUGAAAUGAAGAAUAACAAACAGUCUGAUCUGGGCUUCAAUGAGACCAAUUUGGCUCUGUGCUCUCUGGAUCUGUUCCUUGCUGGAACGGAGACAACGUCAACCACUUUGCUGUGGGCUUUGGUCUACCUCAUCAAAAACCCUGAUAUCCAGGACAAGGUCCAGGCAGAGAUAGACCGAGUGAUAGGACAGACCCGACAGCCCAGUAUGGCUGACAGAACCAACCUGCCCUACACUGAUGCCGUCAUCCACGAGAUCCAAAGGAUGGGAAACAUUGUUCCCUUAAAUGGACUCAGAAUUGCCGCCAACGAUACAACACUGGACGGUUACUUCAUACCCAAGGGUACAUCCUUGAUGCCCAACCUAACCUCUGUGCUGUUCGACAAGGCUGAAUGGGAGACUCCAGACACCUUCAACCCUGGACACUUCCUAGAUGCUGAGGGAAAGUUUGUGAAGAGAGAAGCUUUCCUGCCUUUCUCUGCAGGGAAACGGGUGUGUCUUGGAGAAGGCCUCGCCAAGAUGGAGCUGUUCCUGUUUUUAGUCGGUCUACUACAGAAGUUUGCUUUUUCUGUUCCUGAUGGAGUAGAGUUGAGUACAGAAGGUGUUACUGGAACUACACGUGUACCGCACCCCUUCAAGGUUUACGCCAGGGCUCGCUGAAUUAUACAACAUCUCAAUGAACCAUUUUCAUGUAAACAAUAUGUAACAAACAAGGCUAAGCAAAACACUUCAUGAGAGAAAGCUGUAGUUUUCAAUCUCAACCUUUCACUGUUUAUCCUUUCUGCCUGUAUAUUUAAUUCUGCAUAAUAAAGUUGUUUUUACGCAA